AGCCAUAGCGACGACGCUUCCCGCAGUGACGGGAGCAGGCGGGGGGCGCCGCACAAAGGGGCGCCGCGACAGCCCGCAGCCAGCGGCCCCAGCGAAUUGCCAAAAUGCUUUGGAAUUCUUAAACGAUUCUAAAACUGAAGUUGCUGAAGAUACAAAUCUCAUAAGAACACAAGAAGCAGCAAGGAGGAUUCAGUGCCAAUGCAGCAACAAAGAAGACAGCCAGAGUUAGUGGAAGGAAAUCUUCCUGUUUUUGUUUUUCCUACAGAACUUAUAUUUUAUGCAGAUGACCAGUCAACACACAAGCAGGUGUUGACUCUAUAUAACCCCUAUGAGUUUGCCUUAAAAUUCAAAGUUCUUUGUACAACUCCAAAUAAGUAUGCGGUGGUGGAUGCGACUGGUGCAGUGAAGCCUCAGUGCUGUGUUGAUAUUGUGAUUCGUCACAGAGAUGUUCGUGCUACUCACUAUGGUGCGAUAGAUAAAUUCCGUCUGCAAGUGUCUGAGCAAAGCCAGAGGAAAGCACUAGGGAGAAAGGAGAUUAUUGCUACUCUGCUUCCAUCUGCAAAGGAACCACCGCAACAAAAGGAAGAGGAAGAAAAACGAAUAAAAGAACACCUGUCUGAAAGUGUCUUCUUUGAGCAGACUUUGUGUCAACCAGGUAAAAACAGACCUGCCUCAUCGGGACCUAGUUUACUAACAGUCUUCCUGGGAAUAGUGUGUAUUGCAGCACUAAUGCUACCUACAUUGGGGGAAAUGGAAUCCCUGGUGCCUCUCUACCUCCAUUUAAGUGUGAAUCAAAAGUUAGUUGCUGCUUAUGUUUUAGGUCUCAUCACCAUGGUUAUUCUGAAAACAUGAGCAAUGACUUAACAGGACAUCAAACACCUUACUGUAUAUUCACAUCAUGAAUGUGGACUGCCUUUUACACCCAUCGGGCUCAUCAAGAUGCUAGCAACUCUGUUCAGUGAUCUAAGAUCCCUUCAGAAGUGUAAUAUAUUUUAACUAUGUAUAAUAAAUGAAAGACUCAAAGCACUUUCAGGUGCUUCUGUAACAGACAGCUAUGAAAUGUUCAGUGAUACCUGUGAAAAUAAUUUGAAACACUUUUAUAUUUACGCCUACUGUAAAAAUGAAAUCCUUAUUAAAGCAACGUUUGUUAUUUUUAGCCUAUGUUCACAUCAGUGCGUGAUCACUAUAAAAGCAAACUGUCAUAUGUAAAGCGUUCCUUUGGUUUGUGGCUGUACGUGCUGAGGCUGAUGCCUGACACUUCUGUAUACGUACCAGAAGGAUGGCAGUCGUGGCUUAUCAAUCAUUGAAGAAAAUGGAACAUUUUCAUCAGUGAAACUAUGAAAUAAACCAUUACAUUUAGGUGAAGAAGUAAUUCUCAAAUUCCUUACUUCGUUGGUACCGAUGUAUCACUGAGCGCUCGUUUUCUUACCUGGGGAACUAAUUUCUGCAACAGACAUUUUGUAUCGACUGUAGACAAUAAAAGACCGGUUCUGUAGUCA